AUGGCCGAAGGCGAAGGCAAUUUAAGUCAACAGUGUGCUGUUUCUUUGUUGCAAGAAGCGGCAAGAUUGAUCAGAGAAUAUCCUGGAUCAUCAAAUGAUGUUUCUUCAGCAAAUAUAAUUUCUCAAAGCGAAUCGCAUGCUACUACAUCAUCUGGCGACUGGCGGCACUGCCGUCAAUACAUCAAAUUCAGAAAGGGAAUUUUAGAAAUCUUUUUGCGCC